GUGUCGUCAUGUCUUCUGGAUUCGUCUCGGCCGGGACUAACGAGCAGCCCGUUGAGCGCGACGAUGAGUGGCUCCGCGCACAGCGGGAGCUGGAGGAGGAGCGGAGGCGGAAGGCGGAGAUAGGCAAGCAGACCGACGGGAAGAGUCUGUUCGAGGUGCUGGAGCAGAACAAGAUGGCCAAGCAGGAAGCAUUUGAGGAGAAAGCGCGCCUGAAGAAUCAGUUCCGCGCCCUGGACGAAGAUGAGGUCGAGUUUCUCGAUUCCGUUCUCGAGUCAACACGUGCUCAAGAGGCGGCCGUGAAGAAGGAUACGGCGGACCAGCUCGAGAUCUUCCGCAAGCAGCGUGAAGAGGCUGAGAAGGCUAUGCUUGGACCGACAUCCUCGGAGGUGACACCGGCAGAGGAGGAGGAAUGGACAAUACCUGCGCGCAAGAGACGGCGCGAUAAGGGCAAAGACCUGCUGGUUCCGGGCAAAAAGCGUAGAGCUUCUGCUACGGAAGGUAGCGGGAAGACGGAUUCAUCUAAAGAUGAAGCUCCGCAAAAGCCCAGUCAAGGGAGCGGAGCUGCGCCCAAGAAAGACUCUACGCAGUCUACACAAAGCGCUGCAUCCUCGGGGAUUACGAGUACAAACCCGGCUGAAAAUGCUGCACAGAGCUCGUCUGCCAGCCAGGGAAAGUCGAAAACAGACAAAAAAACAGAAACCAAGCCACCGGCCAAGCCAGCACCUGUCUCGCUUGGACUGGUCGGAUACGGGUCUGAUUCAGACUCGGAAUAA